AUGUCCAUCAUUAUUUUCGCAGCCUUUGGUGUGUUGUGCCUGGCAACGUUAGCAAUUGUGAAGGCCAUCACUCGGGCACAUGCAUCGUCGUUGUCACAAAUUCCCAACGCAGGCUGGGGUGCAGCCUAUUCGCGCCUGCUAUGGGCUUUCAGCAAAGAGUAUCGGGGCGUCAUCACCAUAGAGCUCCCAAAAAUCCAUGAAAAGCUUGGACCCAACGAGGUCUCCUUCUACUCGAUAGACAUAUAUGACACGAUACAUAAGGUCAACAGUGGUUUCGCCAAGGAUCCUCGUAAUUAUGGGGACGACCUGGAAGAGCACUCAAAACGCCGAAGAAUUCUUGGUCAGCUCUUCAGUCGCAGCAACAUCGCGAAGCUUGAAGGAUUGAUGCUCCACCAUGUCAACGUAUUCGUCGAAGCAAUUAGCCGAAAGUGUGUCUUCGUGCUCAUUUUCAAACUCACAGCUGAAUUCUCUUUCGGUGAAGCCGUCAACGCUGUCGUCGCUUGGUCUAAAGGAGGCGAGUUGGCGAUUGUGGCCAACAAUGAUAAGAAGGCGACUUUCAUGCCUUUGUGGACUCUCAAGGCGUGGGCCAGAAACAAAGACCCUGACAAGAAGUCGCCUUUUCCAAACCUUAUUAAGGUCAUGAUUGCAGCAGGCGUUCCGACCCAGACUGCGUUGUCCGAAGCGAAAGAGAACCUUGGCCCAGGAACAGAUACAACCUCUGCCUCCUUGGCGCACGUCCUCUAUGCCCUCUCAAAGAAUCCAGUAUACCAACAAAAGUUGUAUAAGGACCUCUUCGACCGAGGAUUUCCCACAGAUAUGAGCUCCCUGGAAAACAUCCCACGCCUUCGUGCUUGUGUGAAGGAAGGAAUUCGCUGGGCUGGCGCAGCAGCAGCUAUGCUGCCUCGUGUUGUCCCGCAUGGCGGCGUCGAGCUGUGUGGGAAGCUAAUUCCUGAAGGCACAGUCUUGACCUCGUCGCCAAUUUGGUACCUCAGAGACAAAUAUGCGUACCCGAACCCGGAGUUGUUCAACCCAUACCGCUGGAUCAAUGACAGUGGCACAACCAGCUCGGACAAUGCUAUUCGGGACAAAUUCUACGUACCAUUUUCCAAAGGGGCCAAUGUUUGCAUCGGAAAUCACUUUUCGUAUUACGAGAUUUAUCUCGGCUUGGCAAAGACACUUGAGAGGUUCAAGCUUGUGCACGUGGAGGAGGCUACAAUAUCCACACAAUUAGCAGGAGUGAGUAGCCCAGACUGGCAACCCGUACAGCUGCCCAUGAGGAAAGAGUGGGUCGCUGCCGUCUUGACAGACCCCCUGCUCGUGGAACUCAUCCCAAGGGAUGCCAAAGAAGAUGAUCUCAGUUGGUGA